AUGUUCCAUUAUCAUUAUUUACCUGUAGGCGAAAACUUUGAAAGAGCCCGUCCAAUGUUAACUUUGAAUCAAGUCCCUUUAAUUGAUAAAGUGUUUGAUAGGCCAGUAACCCACUAUGCACAUAAAGCUGAUGUUAUUCGAUUGCAAGUUUUAGAGGAAAUUGGCGGCAUCUAUCUUGAUCUUGAUUUAAUCUCUUUAAAACCUUUAGAUCAUUUGCUUGAUCGUGAAUUUAUUAUGGCUCAAGAAGGAAUUGAUGGUUCAGUUGGGUUAUGUAACGCUAUGAUAAUGGCUAAACCUCAUUCACGCUUUAUUCAACGUUGGUAUGCAACAUAUGCUUCAUUUGAUAAUACAAAUUGGAAUUACCAUUCAGUUAUUUUACCUGGUAAAUUAGCACCCUUUUUCCCUGAAGAAAUUACGGUUUUGAAUCAUACUGCAUUCUUUUGGCCAUUAUGGGAUAGUCAUGGUUUACGAACAUUAUAUUUGGAAAAGAGUUAUGAUUUCUCUGGUAAUCUUGGAACUCAUAUUUGGGAAUCUGCUGCAAAUAAAAACUUGAUGAAAGAUAUAAAUGAGCAAGUCAUUAUGGAAAUAGAUAACAGUCUUUAUUGUCAAUUAAGACCAUUUUUGUUGGAUGGGAAACCAGAUCCUCGACCCAACUCUUGCCGUAUCUUAUCACACACGGAACGUUCUGAUUACCUUAUAGGGCAUUGGGGACUAAACGAAAAGCCAGUAUCUAUCUAUAAUCCUAUGCCUGCUAAAGAUGAUUCAGGUAAUGAUUUAACAGGUCUAAUCAGAAAUGGACACUAUAAUGAGGAAGGAGGUGUUUAUCUGUCAGGAGAAGCAAGUUAUAUUUUCUUAACUGUACCUACAGAAACAUCAGCUAAAUCUCUUACUGUAAGUUGGUGGAUGAAGAAAACAGCAGGUGAAAAAUCAAAUGGUCAAAUGGCAAUGGUUAUCCAGACUUAUAAUGGUAGAAUUUGUAUUGAAACUUAUUUACUUGAAAAUGGUGCCCUUUCUGUUCAAAUUAAGACGAUUCAUAGAACAAAUGGACCGAAAUGGGAACAAAUUGAGGAGUUAAAGUUGAGGCCUUCACCCUAUCCUAUUGAUGAUAAUAAGUAUCAUCAUUAUGUGCUUGUAAUAGAAGAUACAGAAAUAGCACACAAGAAAGAGCAGCCAACCAUUGUACUUUAUAUGGAUGGUUAUGUUGCUAUAAGUAGUACCAAUUGGUAUCUCCCAGAAUCUAUUAAUACCAUUGUACGUGGUAUUUGGUUUGGAUCGAUUGAACCUCUAAAUGAUAAAUAUCAAAAUCCUUGGGAUAAUUCUGUAAACUUGGAGGCUCAUUUUCGUGAUAUUUAUGUUUGGGAAAAAAGCUUAAAUUCAGAUGAUAUCAAGCAUAUCUACGCUACCUCUGUAUCUGCUAUAGAAAAUGUUGAUAAUAACAGAAAUAAGGAUAAGAACAUUACGCUAAAUCCAGUCAAAUUUAAGAAUAAAGACGUUGAACAGGUGAAAAUAGAAGAGAAUGAAGAAGAAGAUUUAUUAUGGGAAACUGACGACCAAUUGGAUGAUUGA